CACCCGACUGACUGUGUUAACCUGAAGCGCGUUUCCGCUCAGUUUGUCAUGGCACAGCAUUGAGCGUAAUGGGACUGAUUGAGGAGAACGUGCGCGGGCAUCACUACGUCGACUAUGAAACGGAUUCUCCUCACCCUCGUUUACAUAUUUACCCUUGUUCGGCGAAGCGCAGGUGCGGACUCUGAGGAGAAGCUGAUGAACUGGCUCCUGCAACAAGAGCGCUACAACAAGCUGAUCCGGCCAGCCCUGAACAGGACGGAGCGAGUGACAGUAAAACUGCAGGUCUCCCUAGCCCAGCUCAUCAGCGUGAAUGAAAGAGAGCAAAUCAUGACGACAAACGUGUGGCUCACGCAGAACUGGAAUGAUUACAGACUGUCAUGGGACCCAUCUGAGUAUGAAGGUAUUGAUAAGCUACGGAUUCCCUCCAGACACAUCUGGCUACCUGACAUUGUUUUGUACAAUAAUGCUGAUGGUACCUAUGAGGUGACAGUCUUCACCAAUGCCAUCGUGCUAUUUAAUGGCAGCAUUGCUUGGCUCCCUCCUGCCAUUUACAAGAGCGCCUGCAAGAUCGAGGUCAAGCACUUUCCCUUCGACCAGCAGAACUGCACUCUGAAGUUCCGUUCCUGGACUUAUGACCACACAGAGAUUGACCUGGUCCUGAAGUCCGAGGCAGCCAGCAUGGACGACUUCACUCCCAGCGGCGAGUGGGAUAUACUGGCCCUGCCGGGAAGAAGGACAGUCAACCCUCAGGACCCCACCUACGUGGACCUGACGUAUGAUUUCAUCAUCAAGCGGAAGCCACUCUUCUACACCAUCAACCUCAUCAUCCCAUGUGUACUCAUCACGUCGCUGGCCAUCCUGGUGUUUUACCUGCCAUCUGACUGCGGCGAGAAGAUGACCCUCUGCAUCUCCGUCCUCUUGGCGCUCACCGUCUUCCUCCUGCUGAUCUCCAAGAUCGUGCCGCCCACCUCCCUGGAUGUGCCUUUGAUUGGGAAGUAUCUGAUGUUCACCAUGGUGCUGGUGACCUUCUCCAUCAUCACGAGUGUGUGCGUGCUGAACGUGCACCACCGCUCUCCGAGCACACACACCAUGCCGGCCUGGGUCAAGCUGGUCUUCUUGGAAAAGCUGCCUUCCAUGCUUUUUAUGCGGCGACCUCGGGGCCACUCAGCCCGGCAGCGGCUGCGCCAGCAGCGCCGGCUCCACGACCGUAGGGACCUGCUCAGCCUCGGCUAUGGGCCUCCCCGUAACUCAGCAAUGUCCUCCUCGGCCUCCGCUCUCUCCUCACCAGGACACUUUUAUGGUAAGGCAGGGUCGUGUACCUUCGUCCAUGGUUCCAGGAAAGGGGACACGCGACCCGCAGAGUUCCUGCCCAAUGGUCACACCACCACUCAGGAGCUGAGAGGCAACAGGGCAGGUCUGGACUGGCGGACUGACGUUCAGGAGGCAGUGGAUGGGGUUCGCUAUGUAGCUGACCACAUGAUGGGAAGUGACGAUGAUCAGAGUGUCAUUGAGGACUGGAAGUAUGUUGCCAUGGUUGUGGACCGGAUGUUUCUGUGGAUCUUUGUCAUUGUGUGUGUGGUGGGGACUCUGGGGCUCUUCCUUCAGCCCCUUUUUCAGAGUCAAACUGUGCCAGUCCAACAGCCAAGUGCUGAAUCCUCCAGGCGGGAUGGGAUGUAAGGCACAUUGGGGUGAGGACCCUGCACACCACUGACACAAAGCCAAAAGACUACAGUGCAACACCAGCUCUGAUGUUCCAAGCAACUAUGAGAAGGAGUACUUGUGUCAACCAUCUUGGAUAAUUGAAUUGUGAAUAUUGCUGAUUAGCCAGACUUUAUAUGACAUCAACCACUCACAUGUCAAUCACUGGUGCUUUAACACUGUAGAACCUGAAUUAUAGGACAAUUCAUUCUGAAAUAAAGUCACUGUCCAUCUAAAAGGUUAUUUAAGUCCUACAAACGAGUGAAUAACUUUGGCUGAAUCACAUUAUUGGUCUUAAAAGUUUGACGGUUUUCUUCACUGGAUAUUAAGUUCUUCCACUGCCUAUACAGCAUUUCACUCUACAAAUAUCCCAUUCUCAUGUUGUAAAAAUAAUAAUCUACAA